AUGGGCGGGGCAGACCCGGAGAGCCACACCGAGCGCCUGCUGGUGCCGCUUCCAGACCCCGCCCCCGCCUACGCUAGGCCCGCGGCGCGAGGGGCGGGGCCGAGCGCUUCAGCGAAUGAGCACCUGCGGGCCUGGCUGGCCGCGGGCCGGUCGCCCGGGCGACCGGAAGUGCUACCUGCGGUCCCUGCGCGCCGCGCGAUGAGCAAGUGGAGCGUCGGGCGAAAGCCCAGCCGCACACUCGGACUCCUGCUGCUGGUGAUCUUGAGUUACUUGGUGCUCCGCAGGUACUUGCACCUUGAGCCGGGCAGCUGUGACCACAAGGUGGCUCAGAGGUUGGACUGGUAUAAUCUGGUCCCUGCAUGGCUAAGACACCGAAAGUCAGGGCUGCAGGCCAACGGCCAACACUUCAUGCUGGAGGACUCCACCUUCUGGAUCUUUGGGGGGUCUGUGCACUAUUUCCGGGUGCCCAAGGAAUACUGGAGGGACCGCUUGCUGAAGAUGAAAGCCUGUGGCUUGAAUACCCUCACCACCUAUGUUCCAUGGAACCUCCAUGAGCCAGAAAGAGGCAAAUUUGACUUCUCUGGGAACCUGGACCUGGAGGCCUUUGUGCUGAUGGCUGCGGAGAUCGGGUUGUGGGUGAUUCUGCGUCCAGGCCCCUACAUCUGCAGUGAGAUCGACCUUGGGGGCUUGCCCAGCUGGUUACUCCAAGACUCUGGCAUGAGGCUGAGAACAACUUACAAGGGCUUCACCGAAGCAGUGGACCUUUAUUUUGAUCACCUGAUGUCCAGGGUGGUGCCACUCCAGUACAAGCAUGGAGGCCCCAUCAUUGCUGUACAGGUGGAGAAUGAAUAUGGUUCCUAUAACAGAGACCCUGCCUAUAUGCCUUACAUCAAGAAGGCCUUGGAAGACCGAGGUAUUGUGGAAUUGCUUUUGACUUCAGACAACAAGGAUGGCCUGCAAAAGGGAGUCAUGGAUGGAGUGCUGGCCACCAUCAACUUGCAAUCACAGCAUGAGCUGGAGUUAUUAACCAACUUUCUCUUAAGUGUCCAGAGGGUUCAGCCCAAGAUGGUGAUGGAGUACUGGACAGGGUGGUUUGACUCAUGGGGAGGCCCACACAACAUCCUGGAUUCUUCUGAGGUUUUAAAAACAGUGUCUGCCAUCCUCGAUGCCGGGUCCUCUAUCAACCUCUACAUGUUCCAUGGAGGCACCAACUUUGGCUUCAUAAAUGGAGCCAUGCAUUUUCAUGAAUAUAAGUCUGAUGUUACCAGCUAUGACUACGACGCCGUGCUGACAGAAGCGGGGGAUUACACAGCUAAGUACUUCAAGCUCCGAAGUUUCUUUGGCUCCAUCUCAGGUGUUCCUCUCCCUCCCCAGCCUGACCUUCUUCCCAAGAUUUCAUAUGAGCCCUUGAGACCGAAUUUGUACCUGUCACUGUGGGAUGCCCUGCAGUACAUGGAGGAGCCAGUCAAUUCUGAAAAGCCGGUCAAUAUGGAGAACCUGCCAAUAAACAAUGGAAAUGGACAGUCCUUUGGGUACACUCUGUAUGAGACUACCAUUGCUUCAUCCGGUGUCCUUAGUGGUCUUGUGCGUGACCGGGGACAGGUAUUUGUGAACACAGUGUCUAUAGGAUUCUUGGACUAUGAAAAGAAGAAGAUUGUUAUUCCUUUGAUCCAGGGUUACACCAGGCUGAGGAUCUUGGUGGAGAAUCGUGGGCGAGUCAACUACGGGGAUAAUAUUGAUGACCAGCGCAAAGGUUUAAUUGGAAAUAUCUAUCUGAAUGAUUCUCCCCUGAAAAAAUUCAGAAUCUACAGCCUGGAUAUGAAAAAGAGCUUCUUUCAGAGGUUCAGCAUCGACAAAUGGAGCCCCAUUCCUGCAGUACCUACGUUCCCUGCUUUCUUUUUGGGUGCCUUGUCAAUUUCCCUUUCCCCUUUUGACACCUUCAUGAAGCUGGAGGGCUGGGAGAAAGGGGUUGUAUUCAUCAAUGGCCAAAACCUUGGACGCUACUGGAACAUUGGACCCCAGGAGACCCUCUACCUCCCAGGUGCCUGGUUGGAUCAAGGUAUCAACCAGGUCAUUGUUUUCGAGGAGAAGAUGGCAAGCCCUGUGAUACAGUUCACUGAAACACCCCAUCUAGGCAGGAACCAGUACCUUGAUUGAACAGCACCGCUCCGCACCCCCUGGU